GUUUGUGUCAGAGAGACACAUGACAGGGGAUGAGAGCGUGAGAGUGCGGGACAGUCAGGAGUCAGUCGCCAGCGAGAGUUUGGGGCACUUACCUUCUCAUCAUGAAGUUCUGUGGGGCUGCGCUGUGCCUUUGGCUUUGUGUAACUGUGUGUGCCGCCGACUCUGCACCACCCAACCAACACCACCCCUGGACUCCUUGUUUCUCUUGCCCCCACCGCACCACCACCACAGCCAGAACUACCCCUAAGCACACAACUACACACCCAGUUACUAACCACACAACUACACACCCAGUUACUACCCACACAACUACACCCCCAGUUACUAAGCACACAACUACACACCCAGUUACUAAUCACACAACUACACACCCAGUUACAAAGCACACAACUACACAUCCAGUUACAAAGCACACAACUACACAUCCAGUUACUACCCACACAACUACACAUCCAGUUACUACCCACACAACUACACCCCCAGUUACUAACCACACAACUACACCCCCAGUUACUAACCACACAACUACACAUCCAGUUACUACCCACACAACUACACCCCCAGUUACUAACCACACAACUACACCCCCAGUUACUACCCACACAACUACACCCCCAGUUACUAACCACACAACUACACACCCAGUUACUAACCACACAACUACACCCCCAGUUACUAACCACACAACUACACACCCAGUUACUAAUCACACAACUACACCCCCAGUUACUAACCACACAACUACACCCCCAGUAACUAAUCACACAACUACACCCCCAGUUACUACCCACACAGCUACACCCCCAGUUACCAACCACUCAACCCCGCACUAUUCCACUACGGCACAUACCAAUUACACAACAGUGCACCCCAGUACUGCGCCGACGACCCCAGACUUCUUUGCUAAUGGCACCUCGGGGCCGUGCCUGAGAAUGACGGCGGUGCUGGAAAUCACAGUGAAUGGUACCAAGCAGAUCCAGGUGCCCCCACCCCCAGUGACCCAAUCAGAUGGAAAGUGCUACAAGGACCGAGUGGAACUGGCUCUUGGCUUCCCCGGGGCAACUCUCAGCCUGGCAUUCGCACAGGACUCUACUAACUUUUACCUGGAAGAGGUGAAUGUGACGCUGCUGGACAAAGAAUCCUCCGGCAUGUUUGGGGCCACCGUGAGAGAGAUGGAGGCCCCCCUGGGGCAGUCCUUUUCCUGUGACCUAGUGACACUCAAGGUGACGUCUUCCUUAGUGGUCACUGCCUCUAAAGUGCAAGCCCAGGCCUUUCAGCUGAAUGGAUCCGAUUAUGGGCCUGCCAAGAGCUGUUACAAAGCCAACAUGACCGUUCCAAUCGUGGUUGGCAUCAUCCUACUGGUGCUCAUCCUGGUGGUGGUGCUGGCAUACUUCAUUGGCCGCCGUCGGAGAACUGGGGGCUACGAGAUGCUAUAGAUCACUUGGCAGAAUGGUGUGAACGACACAAGGGGGGGGAGGGGUGCAUGGGAGAUUAAAUAAAAGUUUGCCGGUGAGUGA